AAAGCAUGGCGAAGAUGUCGUACUGAUGACGCACUAAACCUUCGACGGUCGUUGGUGAGUUGUGUGUUUACAUUGUGGAUGUUUCAUGUUUGUAGCUCAACCAGACUCGCUUCCUCGUAUAACUGGGAUGACAUGUGAUCGUUAUUAAUAAUUAAUAAUCCAGCUCAUGAGUUGGAACUGUUGUCAGCAGCGGGAUGGACUUCUGUCGGAAACAAGUCAAGGCCGACUGUGAGGAGCUGCUAGGCCGCUUCCAGACCACCGACUCCGUCCGCUUCGAGAUUUUCUCCAAAAUAUGGAGGGAAAUGAAUUUCGCACAGAUUUUCUACGGUACAGUGAAUCAUGAGAAGCGGGCGUUCAGCCGUCUGAUUCUGGACACGGCCUACAGCUUCUUCCUGCCUCCGUUCAGCUUCCAGAUCAGAGUGGGAGGACUCUACCUGCUGUUCAGCCUGUAUCAGUGUCAGAGCGCCUCGCCCCCAGAGCAGAUCCGUCUGGCGCUGAAGAACUGGGAGGACGUGAAGAAGUUUGAGAAGGACGCCAUGGACGCUCAUCACCUCGACGUCAUUUACAUCCUCCGAGAGCUGAUGUGCCACAAAGCUUUCAACUUCACCGCCAUGCCCACUGUGCUGGUCUUCAACAAGAAGAGGAAGAUGGAGCGGGUGGCGCUGUGCGAGGCGUUCAUGGAGCGAGCAUCUCGUCCACAGGAGCUGAUCAACAUCGAGCUGCUGGAGGAAUUGUCCAAUGUUGAUGAUCUCUAUGGAAAGCUGAAGACUUCCGCCUGUCUGCAGGCGGAUCCGUCCAUCAACCUGAUCCGCAAAGAGCUGGUCCCUGAGCUCCGCAGUACUGUGGUGGACUUCUACAAGUGGCAACAAAGGAAGGGCGGGGCUGGUGGAGAUGAAGACAAAGACAGCGGUGAGGGAACGUCCUCUCAGCAGGAGUGCUCUAAAAGAGCCCAGCUCAUCUCCUCCAUCAAAUCCAAGGCUUACGGAGAGGCAGCAGAGGCCUCCAAGUCCCGCCGUCAUCGCCAGGUGGAGGUGGAUUUCACCAGUUACGAGGCAGGACCCUCCCUCUCGUCCUCAUACAGCAGAACUAACAAGCCGUCACUCAAAGCCAGAACCAAUGAGAACGUACAUGUCUCAGGUGAGUUGUGGGAAGAAGCCACUAGGACAACUCAUAUCAACCGUCUCACCAAACUGGACUUUGUUCCUGAAGAAAAACCCAAAAUGUACAGAAGAUUCAAGUGGUGAUGAAGACAACGUGGGGGUCAGCAUGCAUCCUGACGGCAGCUGGUGUUCACUGGAUCUCAAGUUUGUUUUAAAAUGUUGAUAUGGUUUUGUCAUUGUCACGAGUUUCCUAUCAUCUUGAAUGAUCUGGAUCAUGGAAAAUGGGAAUGUUUUUACAUUUGAAAGUGUUUUAACUUUAACUUAUUUUUUGAUGAACCUUUUUUUUUUUCAAAAUGUCUAAAACAUAAACAUACAAACGUGUCGUUUAGAGAAAGAAUAUUGUUCUUAAAUGUAACUCCUGAGUUUUAAAGAGAAACUCCUGAGAGCCGAGAAGGUUCCCAGUUUCCUUUUUGCGGUUUUACAGCUAUCCCUCGGAAAAUGGACCCGCUGUCAGCCUCGCUUCAGUCAGUUUAGUCAGAGACAUGUCACCCUUUGCCUUUUACAGUAAGGGCAGCAUACGUUGUGACUGUAUGCAACGUUCAGGUGAAUGACUUUAAACAUUUUCCUCAUCAAGUUUUACUGUUUUAUAUAAAACCAAUUUCUUUUUUAUAAAUGCUA